AUGAUGACAUAUAUUGUAUUCAUUCUAAGUGUUAUUUUUGUAGUUAGUUUUGUAGGGUUUUCUUCAAAACCUUCUCCUAUCUACGGCGGGCUGGUUUUAAUUAUUAGUGGGGCUGUUGGUUGUGGGAUUGUGUUGAGUUUUGGAGGAUCGUUUUUGGGUUUAAUGGUAUUUUUGAUUUAUUUAGGGGGUAUGCUAGUUGUUUUUGGGUACACUACAGCCAUGGCUACUGAGCAGUAUCCUGAAGUUUGGGCCUCUAAUAAGGCUGUUUUAGGAGCUUUUAUCGUUGGCUUGUUGUCUGAGUUAUUAACUGCUUGUUAUGUUUUAAAGGGUGAUGAUAUUGACAUUGAAGUUGUAUUGAAGUUUAAUGGAGCGGGCGAUUGGGUUAUUUAUGAUACAGGUGAUUCAGGAUUUUUUAGUGAGGAAGCUAUGGGAAUUGCAGCUUUAUAUAGUUAUGGGACUUGGUUGGUUGUUGUCACUGGCUGGUCACUUCUUAUUGGGGUGUUGGUAAUUAUGGAGGUUACUCGUGGAAGUUAA